CGAGAUCUCCCUCCCCACUCUGUUCGUGACCACGUCAAGGGAACCCAGAAGUUAGAAAUCAUGGCGGAGCGCAGGAGACAUAAGAAGCGAAUUCAGGAGGUCAGUGAACCUACCAAGGAGGAGAAGGCGGUGGCCAAGUACCUGCGCUUUAACUGCCCCACCAAAUCCACCAACAUGAUGGGACAUCGAGUGGAUUACUUUGUCGCCUCUAAAGCAGUUGAAUGUCUGCUGGAUUCAAAGUGGGCCAAAGCAAAGAAGGGUGAGGAAGCUUUGUUCACAACCAGAGAGUCAGUGGUGGACUACUGCAACAGGCUCCUAAAGAAGCAGUUUUUCCACAGAGCCCUGAAAGUGAUGAAGAAGAAGCCAGAGAAAGAUGUAAAGAAAGAGAAGGAAAAAGAGAAAGAAAAGGAAAAAGAGAAGGCUAAAAGUGACAGCGGCAAGGAAGAGGAAAAAAAGAGCAAAAAAGACAAAGACAAAAAGAAGGAUUCUGAGGCUGUAGACACAAAGAAGGAAAAAAAUGAUGACAGUCCAGGAUCUCCAAAGAAGAAGAAGGAUGUAAAAAAGAAGUUCAAGCUGGAACCUCAUGAGGACCAACUGUUCUUGGAUGGCAGUGAGGUUUAUUUUUGGAUUUACGAUCCAGUCCACUUUAAAACCUUUGCCAUGGGAUUGAUUCUAGUCAUUGCCGUCAUCGCAGCCACUCUGUUCCCUCUGUGGCCUGCUGAGAUGAGAGUUGGUGUGUAUUACCUGAGCGUGGCAGCAGGAUGCUUCGUCGCCAGCAUACUACUACUGGCUGUUGCUCGUUGCAUCUUGUUCCUGAUCAUCUGGGUGGUGACCGGCGGCCGCCAUCACUUCUGGUUCCUACCAAACUUGACAGCCGACGUGGGCUUUAUCGACUCUUUCCGGCCCCUCUAUACGCAUGAGUACAAGGGUCCCCGCUCCAGCUCCAAGAAAUCCAGCAGCGAGAAAUCUGACAAGGGCUCGGAUUCCGGCAAAGCACAGAAAUCAGAUAGCGAGGAUAAAUCAGACAGCGAGAAGAAAGACGGCGAGGAGGAAGAGGAUGAAGACGAGAAUAAGGAAAUGGAGGCGAGCGAGGAAGCGGGCGCAGAGCGUCAGUCAGACACAGACAGUGACAGGCGAGAGGACGAGGGCUCGCAACACAGCAACGGCAACGACUUUGAAAUGAUCACCAGAGAAGAGCUGGAGCAGCACACGGAAGAAGAGGAGGAGGAGGAGGAUGAGGAAGAAGUUGAUGAAGAAGAGCAAAGUAAGACAAAGCCCUUGACUGUUCAGACAUAAACGUUUUCCUCACACCGCACACAUACUCCCAUGCUCCAUGUGGACCUGCUGACGUACUUCUGUCAAGUUCAGAAGAUGUUUCCCAUUUCUGUUCAGGCUGAGAUCUUCCUCUGUGAAAACAGACAGGCUUAAAGGAUAAACGAGAGCAGGAAACGGCUACGAUGACAAUGGAAAUAUCGCAAAGGCUGUUUGGUUUCUCUGAAAAUGCUUUCCCCACUGUGGAUGCAACAAUGCAAGUCUCCCCGAGCCCCAUGUUUCUCUGGUUCCUUGAUUUUUCUCUUUUUUCAUGUUAACUUUAUCUAAUGUCAAGCGUUUUGUUGUAUAAACAUGUUGGUAGUGUUAAGAAGGACUGAAUCGGUCAACUUUCACAGUGUUUUUUUUUUUUUUUUAACCCACAUAUGAAUGUUCGCUCUCCAAUAUAGUCUGUAAGAUUCAAAUCUGAAGUUGAAGGGUUUUUUUUUUGUUCUUUCCUUUUAGAUACAUUGGAUAAUUUGGACGGACCAACAUAUUUUGUCUUAGAUAUCUAUCGUUUCAGUCAUAAAUGUCAAUGGCACUUGACCUGUGACAUUUUUUUUGAGGAACUCUGGGAGAUCUUGCUAGGUUUGGGACGAGAGCUGUAUUUUUGGGCACUUGACACGGUCUGCCACAUACAUUUCUGCUAUUAUGUUUUGUGACCCUAACGAGAAAUAGUUCUUGUUAAUGAAAACGGAGGGGCUAAUAAAUUGGAGCAGUAUCCUUAACUGUGGUAGGCAGUUAUUUAAAACCAAACUCCAUUUAAGUCUUAUGAGGUCGACUGCAUUCAAAAGGGGAAACUACAUCCACAUUCGUGCCAAAUGAUGCGGGAUAUUGAUGCUUUUUUCAUGUACAUUUAAAUUAUGACCAACUUACAGAUAAGGAGUUCAAACAUGUCAUGCCGUAGCUCGUAUAUGUCCUCUAGAGCCAAUCACAUCUGUGCAUCAUUAGCCUCUGGUUCUCCCGUCUGGUGUUCAAAGUCCGAGGUUGACAAAUCGUACUUCCCCGAGCGGCUUGUGGUCCAAAAUAGUUUGUUAGUGCGCAUUUUAACAGGGCCAAGGUCCAAUGCUAUCUUUCCGUAGGGUUGCUAACUAAUUGGCUAGAGUAUUAUUUUACAUUAGCUGUUUCUUUGACUCAUACUGAGGAUGAUAUUUAAGAGAUAAAAUACAAAUGUAUCAUUUAUAUAUGGAUUCUAUAAAUCUACCAGAGAUGUUCAUGCCAGCAGGUCAGGUUCAGCAUGAACUGUACUCUAUUUUAUAAUGUCAGACACACAGGUUUUUCAUUUCACUGCAUUUUGUACUACCGUAAUACUAAAACCACCAAUUGUUUUCAAUGCUGAAGACUUCAGAAAGAAUGCUUCAAACAUCUGAGUUCUAGUGGUUGUCAAAAGCGCACAAGACAAGAUGCAGAAAAGGUGUUUU